AUGUCGAUGAUUGCGAGACGAGCACUUUCCCUGGCCACGCGCCAAACAAUUCGCCCAGCUCAGCGCCGCUUUCAAUCUGGCGGAGCAGGUGCACCAGCCGGUGCGGCCACCGAAAGAGACGGUGAUGUGCUUCGCAAGGGCGCCAAGAGAGAUCCUGAGCUUUAUAUCCUUCUCAGCAUCAUGACCGGUGCUUUCGCUCUUGCUGGAUGGCACUUCUCCCGAAACCCAACCUCAUCAUCCUCCGAGAACCCGGUUGCACGCGUCGAGCACUCCGAGCCUUGGAAGACCGGUGGCGAUGCGAGAUACCAGUAUCACCCAGGUGGUGAUCCAAGCCGAGGCAAGAAGGACGCGCCUUCUGCUUUGAACGAGGUCAUCAUUCCCAACGUGAACCUGCCAAAGGAACUGCAUGAGAAGUACAACAAGUGGGGCAAGGAGGGAUACUAG